CACCUUUAUUGUUUGACAACACGACAUCUCUCCAUUAACCAUCAUAAUCAUAGUCAGACUCCAUCCCACCACAAUCCAUUACAUUAGAAAUGGACUAUAGCAUGUUUUACCAUGUUAUGACUGAAUUAUUUAGCCUCUAGCUUAUUGAAUAAAACAUAUGAUGUACGUUUGUAUCAUUCUCACGCAAUGUAUUGUUACACUAGAGUGGGAUAUUGCUACCAUAACUAUGACCAUGAUGCAUUGAUGGAUUUCAUUGGAUGAUGGUCCAUAGCCGACACUUCAACUUAUUUAUUUUUUAUAAAGUUUAAACUUGUAUAUUAUAUUAUUUAAUUAUAGUGAUGACUGUAUACUGUCACUGUAUUAAUUUGUACCACUUCUUAAUUAUAAUUUUUAAUUAUUUACGGGUUUAGAGGGGCUCUCGGUAAUCAGUGAUAUUAAUAAUUUAUUAUCAGGGCCGUUCAGUGGCGGAACCCCCUGUGCCCUGUCCUGGGUGCAUCUGCCCAGGGCGUUAAAAUCGGCUAACUAAGGCUAAGCCCUUCUAAGACUACUACUACUACUACUACAACUAAAAUACAAGUGCUUUCCAUUCUUCUCCCUCCUUUGCUUUCCAUUCCACUUGAUUCCCCUUCUCACUGUGUAUCCCAUACUUUGCUGUGUCUCAAGUCUGCCUCUUUGACUUUCCUUGUCCUUUUGGGUUCCAUGAUUGUCUGGUAAUGUUUUCUAGUGAUUUACUAAAGAGUUUGCCCUAUCCAUCUCCAUCCAAAUCUUUUCCUUGUUAUGUCUUCAGUCUUCAGCAAUACUAAAAUAAGCUCUUGAUAUGUCCUCAAACUCAAUGCAGUAAGUCAUUCUUGUUGAUGUUGGCCAUUUUAUGUUCAGGAUCAUUCUCUGGCAAGUUUUUGUGAAUGUCUCUACUUUUUGCGCUAAAAGUGUUCUUUCGUUUCAAAUUUUUAGUUAACAUUCUAUGGUUGCAUGGCAAUGUGUUUACACAGACAUUACAUCUGCAUCAUUUCAUUUACAGACAUUUCGCAUACUGACUUUUGAUUUACUUACCUUUGGGCCAUUAUGAUAUUGAUUUUUUGUCUACCAUGACUUUUGGUCUAUUAAUGUUUUGUCUAAUGACAUUCAGUGUAUAUACACUUACGUGAAUGUUAAGUUUUUCAGCAACCCCAGAUGAUUGCCCUCAAUUAUUGAAUCAUUACAAUUCUUAAAAAUGUUAAUCUACAUCUUUAAAUAAGGAUUCCAGCCAUCUAAUCAGACGAUUUGUGGAAAGAACUGUUUACAGCAUUUCUUAACUCAAGAACAUAUGUACAAAAGGAUUUAGUUGAGUUUUGGAAAUGGGUAAAAAAGAUGCUAACACAAACCGCUGCCAACCUGUGGAUCAGUAUCGGAAACAAAUAGGUAUUAUUUUUUUAUUUGCUCUAAUUUGAUUUUAAAAAAAAAAUAUUUCCUUAUGUUAUGUUUAUUUAAUAUUUAAAUUAUAACUUGUUUUAAAUGAAUUAUAGUUAUAGGAAUUCCGUCAAGAAAUAUAUAUCUUGAUCUUCCUCUUUUUUAAAAAACUUUUUUUUUUUUCCUGCAGGAAAGCAAGAUUGGAAGAAGUCUAAAAAAGAAAUAAAGUCUAUGAAAGCUAAAGCAGAACAACACAAUGAACUUUCACCUCAGGUAAUUAUUUCACUUCAUUUAUGAUUGAUCACAGAAAUACAUACCAGUCCAAUGAUGAAAAGGCAUAACAAUGAAUAAUUUUGUUUACUAUUUACACUCCAAAUGACACAAGAGGUGACUUUUCACAAAAAUGAUUUAUUGAAAGAAUAUUCAUUGUUUUUGUAUUUAAAUUUAAGCUUUGCAAAUAUGUUUUGAAAUUUGAUCUGCAUUCUAAUGCUUUUACAUAUCUAUUCUGGAUUAGGGAAAAUAAUUGUCAGUUCUUAUAAAAUAGUGGUUUUCUACCUAUUUAAAUCUGUGGCCCAGUGUAAUUAGGCAAAUGUUUUAUAAAAUCUGAUGCACCUCAGAUAGAAACUAGCAUCAGAGAAAACAUUCCUGAAGUGACACAUUUAAUUUAAAUAAGUAAAGAUAAAUCAUGGAGAAAACCCUAUUUUUAUAGUCUUUGAAUGAUUAGUUUUAUAUCUAAUACAAAUAUUAUGAAAGAAAUACAAAUGAUCAAAACUGAUGUAAACAUUUUGUUCAUGAACUUUGUUAAAAAUUCUUAAUUAACAUGACAUUUGAUUCAGACCAUAUUCUUUUUUUUUUUUAAUAUUUCAGAUAAUAGUUUUAUGGAUUGGCACUGUCAUUUUAGUUUGUUCUUCUGCAUACAUGCUGCUGCUCUGGUACCUAGGGGCUGUAUCAUUAGAGAACGUCUCAGAGAUGCCACCGGUAUGAAUGGUGGGAACUUGCUUAAAUAUGCAAUAGCAAUAAUAGCAUAAUAAUCAGCAGUUUUUUUUUUUUUUUUUAUAGAGCUGAGAUUCACCAAGUAGAAUUGAAUGAGCUGCAGUGUUAUUUUAAAGUUACCUAAAGUUUGCAAGAAUAAAAUGGAGUUGAUGGGGGCCUUAGUUAAAUCCUGAUAAUGUUUGAUAUUGUUCAACAAUAAAACAUAAAAAAUGUUGACAGAUUUUAAAUUUAUAUUUAUUUUAGGAGUAAAUGCAAAUGUCCAUCCAUUAUCCCAGAAAAUUUAAAGGGACUACUUAGUUAUGUUUAAAAAAGCUUUGCUUGUAUUUUAAUAACAUCUUUCGGGUUAUAUCUAUAUUGCAUAUUGAGUGAACAGAACUUAAGAUGUUAGAUUCAAUUAUUUACAAAAAAGUUAUCUGGAGAUAAACUAGACCUAGAAAAAUGUAUGUUACUAUGCAAAUCUGAUGUUAGUAAGUUUUAUUUUUCAUUCUGUGAUUUAUACAUUUAUGUUCAACUACAGUUGCUUGCAAUAAAUCUUGUCUUGUCCACUGCCUCCACCCAGCCCCAACAUAUUAACUGGUAAUUUUAUAUUUGUUUUGGAAAAUAAAUGCCUUUCAUGUUCACACAAUUGGAAAUAUGCAUCAGGGUUAUUUGCCCCACCUUGUUGAAUUCCAUUUUUUUGUCCAUUUCUUAGAAAUAUAUUUUGUGGUGACGAACUUACAUUAUUUCAAUUUUUGCUCUUCUUUUAUAAAUGACCGUUCUCUACAAUCAUGAAAUCUACUGUUAAAGGCUGACCAGAUAAAUAUCUGAGUUUGAAAAGAAUGGAUGUUUAAUUAUAAUAACAUAUGAUCUCAAAGAUGGCUUUCAUUGCUACAACACUUGAAGCACAUUAAUAUAAAUAUUUUCAUCAUUGUAUAAAUAUUGAAACCAAGGUGGGUUGGAUGAGUUAUCAACUGAAGUCAUUAAAUAUCAAUGUCUAUCAUGUUUUCUGCAAUUGUUUAUACUCUGUCCCUGCAAGCAAAAGAUUCUAUGCAUAAUUACACGUUCCGUUCCAGUAACAUGUCAUAGUAAAUUAACAUCUAAUUACUUUUUAUAUGUUGAUUGCGAAUCUUUGCCCAAUAUUUCAAACUUGUAGUUAACAAUUUUGUUCUUUCUGAUAAAACAUUUGAAAUUCCAUUUAAAAAACUUCAUUAUGUUUAACAUUCAGCCAUUGUUAAAAUUUCAUUUGAGCUAAGUCUGUGUAUCUAAUGUCACAUCUUUGAUUACAUAUUUAAACUCCAUGUGGAAUUAGCAUUUUUUAGGAUAACGAUCAUUUCAAAUGAAAUUUAUUUGCCAUUGUAAUUGUAUUCCAUAAAAACAGCAAGGUGUUAAACUAUUGUUCAUCUUUUGUUAUUUCAACAAUGUUAUGUCAGUAGAUAUAGCUCUUUUAAA